UUUUGUAGCCAGUCUAUCAAAUCCAGUUGCUCAUUCAAAUUGCAAAACAGAUGACAGGCAUAGGGAAACAGGACAGUGCUUUGCUUGGGAAAAACAAAUACAUUUGGGGCCAGAGAACGGCAUGGUCAGAUCCUUUCAGAAGUCUAACUUUUGUGCAGACCACACUCUUGACUUGGGAGGUCUCUUGGUAUCUAUAAGGGCUGAAAUCACAGGUCCUGAAGGCUCCUUUGAAAAACUGAGAUGGGGCUGGGUAGUAGGGGCAUGACAGAGGCCUCCUCUUCGCACAGCAACGAAACUUUGGGUUGGGGGCGUGUCCCACUCCUCCCGCCCUGCCAGACAGGUUGGGCAGAACAGCUCGGGGCGCUGUUCCCGGGAUCUUUGGGCAUAGAUCCAAUGGCUAAUCUGCCACUGACCUCCACGUGGUCCCCCGCCCGCACGAGAACUCGCCUGCUGGCCGCAGCGUGCCCUGUAGGGUUAAGCGCGGCCGGGCCGGGCCCGCAGGGGCGGUUACUGAAGAACUAUCACAAGUGGAGAGCUGAGUGCCCAGAAUUAAGUGCAAAUUUGCAGCCUUCCUCUGUUCUCAAUCUCCUGCAUGCUGGUUACCAUGGAGUCCUGAGAUCAAGGGACCCAUAUGGCAGUAAGGUUCUUAUUUAUAGAAUUGGACGAUGGGAUCCAAAGAUGUUUACGGCAUAUGAUGUGUUUCGUGUAAGUCUUAUCACAUCCGAGCUUAUUGUAAAAGAGAAAGAGACCCAACAAAAUGGAGUCAAGGCUAUCUUUGAUCUUCAAGGGUGGCGAUUUGCUCAUGCAUUUCAAAUCAGUCCAUCAGUGGCCAAGAGGAUUGCUGCCGUGCUCACAGAUUCCUUUCCACUGAAAGUUCGUGGCAUCCACUUGAUUAACGAGCCUUUAUUCUUCCACCCGGUCUUCGCUCUAAUUAAGCCCUUUCUCACUGACAAAAUAAAGGAACGGGUGCAUAUGCAUGGGAGUAACUACACACAGAGUCUGCUGCACCACUUCCCGGCCAGCAUUCUCCCACAGGAAUAUGGUGGGGAGGAAGUCUCCAUGGAGGACCUUUCCCAAGAGUGGACUGACUUCAUAAUGGAAUCUGCAGAUUAUCUUCAGAGUAUUUCUCUGGUUUUCCAGUAAGGCAGCCGUAUUAAAAAGUAAGAUCUCGAUACUGAGACAAUUCAUUAAAAUAGAGCUGCAAUUAAUUCCUGGUAUUACGGCUGUAAGCAGAAUGAACUUCAAAUAUUUUUCAUUUAGAUUUGACAUUCCUUUAAAAGGGACCACUGUAAAAGGUCUAAUAGACCAUUGCUGAGGGUAGAAAUGCCCCAGUUGCUGCAUUUUUAUAUUUGCUUGAAGAGGAGAUCGAAUAGUAGUUGCAUCAUAGAGCUAACGGAGAGAUUCAUGAGUUUCAGAAGAGGGAUAAUAUACAAUCUGUUAUAAACAUUAUGGAUAUGUGUCAAAAAGUUAGCUAGUGCUCAUAUAGGAUACUGCUGAGAACAGGAUUCCUCUAGAUAUGUUCUCUUGGAGCUCCACUCUGUGACAACUCCAUAUAAACCACGUGCUCGGCUCUUGCUUUGCACCUGCUCAAGUUGAUGGGCUGACACAAAGAGUCAAAUGAUUCUGACAGCUGCAGGGCGCAUCUGAUUUGGAGUUGGUCUUUUGGCUUAGAAAUGUGUUGAUACAAAGUAGCAAUUUUCUUAGGCCUAAUCUUUGCAGAAAAUAGGGCUGGUCCUUAGGCUGAUUCUCAGGGAAAUGGAUUUCUAGUCAGUUUGUACAGCUGAGCUUGCACUUUAGAUGAAAACUGGUCAGCAGUGAUGGAACAUAAAAGCAGCUGGCACAGCUGUGAGCUGCAUGUAUCCAUGUGGGAAAGUAAGAUGGUAAGCUGCCAAAGCUGCAAAGGGACAUUCCACUUGGAAACUAUUAAAAGAUCAUGUGAAUCACAAAGGUGGGGAAGAGAUAAAUGGAUUAACUUAACUUUGAAAAAUUAUUUUUUCCCUGUGGCAACCAUUCUGCUCAGAUAAGUUACAAAGCAGCUUCUGUGAGGUGCCAAACAACCUUGACUUCUACUGAAUUCACGUGGAAGUAAAGGGUGCUUAGCAAUGCCAAGGACGUGGCCAUUUGUUUGAGGGAAAGAAAAUGGAUUUUGCUUCUUGGACUUGACUAUAGAAAUAAACUUGUCGUGUGGUUUCAGUAUUCUCACUGACUGCUGCUCACUAUGGAUUUGCUGCAGUGAGAUGCCAAUUGCCUUCCUUUUCUUCCAAGAGGUGCCAGCAAUAUUCAACAUCUUGCAUGCCUAGGUACUGGAAGAAUAUUUUUUGCUUAAUGUCUUUGUUGUUGACCCCACUUCCUCUUUAGCCAUUACAGACAAUUGAAAACUUGCUCAAUCUCUCUGCUAAAAGUAGUUCUUAAAGGGACACCAGCCACAUACAAAUUAUUAUCUUAUCUUUUAACAAAAUGAUACAUGGUUCUGACAUGUGUUACACAGUGAUAACAUAGAUUGUUUAAAUCCUUUCAGUUUAAAUGAUGAAUGUACUUCGAUUUUGAUUGUUUUUCAGCAGACUAACUUCCUAGCUCUUGUUUUUGACAAGGCAGGAAUUGUCCAACAUAAAUAUUAAACAGCUCUUUAUUGACCCUAAUGGUAAAGCCUUUAUAAGAACAAUAUCUUUUGUAAAAUUGACUCAAAUGUUUAUUUUGCUUCUUUUUUAAAUAUCAAAUCUACUGAUGAUUCCAAGAACUUUCUCUUCACUUUAAAUAGCAAAGGAGAAACCCAGAGUGCCAUAUUAACAUAUCAGUAAUGUCUUGUAUGAGUUUUGAUGAUCAGUAAUACUGCUCAGGCUGUUUCAUCUGCAGCAAGAGUUCUCUUUAGAGAUAGUUGUGGUGGCUUUUUCCACUGUGAUACACUGCCAAUGCCAAUGAACAGCAUCUUUUUAAAGCUACAAAGCCAACAUGAAAAUAAGAAUCUUUGUUUCUUCAUCUCCUUGUGCACAGUUUUUUCUGUUGUCCUGGACCCUUUUGAUCUGUAGUCUGUUUUAAAACAUUAACCUUCAAAUUAUGGUCAGAAGAAUUUUUCAUAAUGCUUUGUUGUCAGAGAAUCAGCUUGUGGCAUGAUUCAAAAUUUCUUUUCUCUGAGAAUAUUAUUGUAAGGUACUACUUGUUUAUAUGCAAAUAAAGUAAUAAGUACAUACCUGGCAACUUGAAUAAUGCUCAGCUACACAAUUCAAAUUCUAAACUACUGGGGAGAAUUGGAAGCUGAUGCUCUUUGGUGUAUUGCUUUAAAUUUUAGUUCUUUGGAAAGAAACACCAUCAAUUGACUGACAAUGCAGUGCUAUGCAAGAAAACAAAACUCUGUCUUGUAGCUAUUUUACCUGGAAGAGACAAAAUCUAUUCCGAGUUUUAUAUAUAUGCAUCCCUACUUACUUCAUUUGGGUUGCAUGCCUGUAAAUGAAAGUAAAAUUUGGCUUUAAGAGGUACAAGGCUUUGGUUUUGUUUAACACGAAAAUGCUGAACUCUAAGUAAACAUUCAGGGAGGGGGGAAAAAAAACCCUCUAAAUGCAAGUUAAAUGAUAUUGCCAAAACAUUGAAGGUGGGGCAGGUGUGAUUUACUUUCUUCAUGGGACUCUGAUUUAGUUUGUAAUGAUUACACCUAUUGUAUCACAGAGUGAACUGUACUUAGGAGUAAUUUAAGUAGGAGUAAUUUGAUGUGGGUCUUACGUCACCAGUGAAUAUUGUUAGAUGGGUGGAGGGCCUAUUGUUUUACACAUACAGAAGAAAAAUGAUGUAGCUUUGAAUUGUAAAGUACACAUCUCAUUCCACUGUGAUUGAAGCAGGAGUGCCUUUAAAAAAAAUUCUAUAAAUGCAAAGAUAAUUUGCUAUUGACUGUCCACACGCUGUAAUGUACAAAAUUAUAAAAACAAUGUACGUGUUGUACCUUUAUAUUAAAAAAAGUAAACUUACUCAAACAUUCUAGGUGUAUCACGUAGUCGUUUGUCUUAACUUUUUAUUACGAAAAAUGUACAAUUAAAGGAUAACAUACUAUGUCAAAUAUUACUUACUAAUUAGUCAGGAUCAGGUUCAUAUUCAAAGAACCUGGCUAAAGUCUCUGGCUUGCUAACUGGAGAGCCAUCCUCCUCCUCUGAAUAUGCAAAAAAUAUGCUGAAUUAGGGAUGUAAAAGGUUAACUGGUAAGCCUGACCCUUAAGGAAUGAUGCUUACUAGUUGUGGUCAACUGGUAAGGGCUGGAACAUCUAUCCCUUCCACUCCUCCUCCCUGGGCAGGAGGUUGCUUCAGCCCCACAGGACCUUCCGCAGGCAGUCCAUUAUGCCCCACUCCCACACCCCCAUUUUUCAAAGGUUACGUGCUGUGGCUCUCUGGGAGCUAAUCUUUAUAUUGCAUAGCCCGCAGUCCAUGUAACCUCUAAAAUUUUUUAGGGGUUACAUCAGGGCUACUCAACAUGUGGCCCCUGGGCUGCAUGCAACCAAUGGUACAGUUUGGGUUGAUGUGUGUUUUAGUAAUUAAAUUUCUGGACUGUUGUGAAGCCAAAAUAAAAACACAGUUAAUACAAUGGUCUUCUGUUGAUAUGCAUUUUGGACUGUCAUUGCUCAUUAAAAAUGCUGUCAUAAGUGGAAAAUGGGUAAAUAUUGCAUUUGAUUAAUAUCAGCAGAACUGACUUAAAUGGGGUAUGCGUGUUGUGUAGUUUUGCCUAAUCUUUGUAUUCAUCCCCAUCAGUGUGAACCAUUCUUAAGUUGUGGCCCUCAGAAUGUGCUGUGAGUAUUAUUGUGGCCCCUGGGGCUUCCAAAGUUGAGUAGCCCUGCUGUACAGAUUGGCAUCAGAAUAGACUGGUUGAUAGACCAUCAUAUGCAAUCAGCUGUACAAUGAAUCCAUUGAGAGAAGCCAGAGGGACUUUACCAGCAAACUCACCAAUGCUGCUAAGAAACUGAUAUGGACUCUUAACUCAUAUGUAUGUAUCUGAUUGCUCUGACCAUUUUAACAACUCUCUUCUUGUUGUUUUCUUUUAUAAUAAACAUUUGGAUUUAGGUCCUAAA